UUGAUGCAUGUACAGCUGUUUAUUUUUUAUAAAAGAAAUCAUGUAGAGAUAAUAAAAUUAUCCAUUGCAAUCAGAGCCAUGUCUUCUCAAUGUUACAUAAUGAACGUAAACAGAAUAAUGACCCAAAAUGUAUCAGGAAAUGAGGAAAUAAAACCAUCUAUAUCAAAGGAAAAGGUAAUGUCUUAUGAGGAGAAAUCUGUCGGGUCAACAGCUUUUUUUAAAUGUGAAGCAUGUCCAUAUAUGGCUCUCGCUGAAGACGAUAUAAAGUUUCAUUUAUUUACUGUUCACCCAGAUUUGGCCAAAAGAAAUGGUCUCGCAGACAAUAUUCAAAUACUUUGUCCAGGCUGUACUAGUGUAUUUGACGCCGAAGAAACUCUCCGUAACCAUUUACGCAAUCACCACAAAAUGGGGAUUAAGGAUGUUAAAAAGAUGGUGAAGAGUCUAGUUCAAAUAGCUCUUAAGAAUGCUAAAUUAAAGAAAGAAAUCAACAAAAAUAAUUCAAGUAACCAAUCACAACCAGAAAUAGCUGAGGUAAAAAUACCUCAAGUUAUAGAAAUUGUGCCAGACAUAGUAAAUGCUAAUAAUGAACAAUUACCAAAAGGUGUUGCAUUUAUAUCAGUAGACGAGUUGAACAAGAUGAGCACACCCAACUUUGAAAAGGUAGAUCCUAAAGAAGUAAUACAGGAAGCUAGCAUUAAUAUUGUGUAUACAAAUGAUGUUUCAACACAAUAUGUAAAUGUAUCCAAUCCUGGGGCACCUGAUACUACACGCAACUUAAUACAAAUGUCCAGUGUUACACCAGAUCUUAUUUCAUCAAUACAGCCCAGGAUCCCCUCAUCUAUAGACAAUAAUUUACCACAGACACAAAAUGAUUCAUCUACACAGCAACAAGAAAAUGGAAGAAGCCUAAUAUCUUGCCCGCACUCAUAUAAAAAGACAAAAACAUUAGAUGUAGACCCUGAAAAGAAUGGCACUCGGUGUUCAGUCUCUAACUGCCAUGUUCGUCUCAAAGAUGCGAAUAAUCUAUCAUAUCAUAGAAAAUGCCAUCAAAAUAAUCAAUUACAAUGCCCUGAGUGUUCCAAAUUGUUUCUUACUGUACAGCAGCUUCAUACACACCUGUGGAAGACACAUACAGUUGACCUUGAACUGCCCACUUGUAAUAUAUGUGGUUAUAAAACAUACAAGAGAUAUAGGCUAGUAAACAUACAUAUGAGAUGUCAUGACAAAUUUAAGGAAUAUACAUGUUUAAUAUGUACUAAAAAAUUUAAAAAUUCAAACCAGCUAUCGAAACACCGUAUGACUCACAAACGCGAUGAAACACGUGCUCAAUGCCAUAUUUGUCAACGUGAGUUUUCAAAUGAACGCCAACUCCGAAAUCACGUGGCCGCUGUUCAUGAAAGAUUAAAACCUUUUAAAUGCUGUAACUGUGAUUAUACAGCGGCGAGGAAAGAAGAAUUAAAGUUACAUUUACGGUCGCAUACAGGUGAUAAACCGUAUGCUUGCGAUCAAUGUAGUUAUUGCACGGGUGACCAUAACGCAUUGCGUCGCCACAAAAAGCAACACUCCAAAGAGAGUACUUACAAAUGCAAAUAUUGCCCCUACACCGCCAUACAGUCCACAAUGUUCGCAUCACAUAUGAUUUCUAAGCAUCCCAAUGUAAACUCGGACGAUGUCCACUGUUGUCCAUAUUGUCCAUUUAAAUCGGUCAACAAAGACAAAUAUCUCGUUCAUUUAACAACGCAUCGGGAAAAGGAAGAGAUAAAAUUACUAGUCGAAAUGACUAAAGGCGUCAAAACCAAUAAACCUAGCUGGACUAUUCCGAGUGAUAAUUCAAAUAAACCGAAUGAAAUACAAAAUGUAUCCAAUGAACAAUCUAAGGAUACAAGCAUGAAAACUGUUAAUACAAUUCCUAUAGAAGUGUAUGAUUGUGACAGUUUGCCAGAGACUAUGCUUCAAGAGUAUCCGAAAAAUUAUUGCACGACGACGUCGAAUGACGUUCCACAAACAACAUUUAGUGCUGAGGACUUAAGAGACUUGAGUAAGGACGAUAAUAAUUCCGAUUGCCUUAUUUCUGAAACUUUUAACAUACAGGACAGGCAUCAGUACAGUUCACAACACGCUCUACAAAUGCCAUAUGAUACCUCACAGUCUAAUUUGCAUUUCUUAAAUUCAAAUGUUUCAAUUGAUCAGAACUUGUUGCAGAGUAGUAGCGUCAGUUCUCUAACAUCCAGUCAUUCGCCUAUAAGCGAUAGCUUAGGGGGGAACAUAAUGAGUAAUUUCCCUAUAAGACUGCCACCAGCGCAUAAUAAUAUAACUUUAAAACCAGUUGAUAAAAUCUCGAUCCCAAUAACCAAGAUGACCGGGCCAAUUAUAAAUCAGAUGCAUAUCCUUCCAAUCCCAUCAUCGAGUCAUUCACCGAUCAAUAUAUCUACCGAACUUGACAGAGCGCCAAGGAAGAAACCUAAGAUAUCAGUAAAAAGCAAUUUAAUACUAAAAGGACCAGAUCAAGUUAACAUGUUUCAUUCGCAACAAAAAAUGGCGUUUAAACGUCUCGAAGAUAACGAGAGGUACGGCCUCGGAGGCUCGGUGACGUUUAACAAUUUAAUAACGACUAAUUUCAUGCAAUUGCAACCGGAACCAGCACUGAGCGAAUCUCCGAACAACAUAAUGUCGUAUCCUCAAAACAACAUGAUGGGAGACGCCGCAACAACGCCAGUUGACAAUGAAAUGAACGGUAACCCGCAAAUAUUUUCCUUCAAUCCACAAAUGAACGUGAACUCGAUGACGUUACUCCCACCCGCGCAAAAGAUUCAAACGAAUGACCCGAGUUACAUAAAAUUAGAAGCGACGAUCAAACAGAACACCCAAUCGCCUAGUUUAGAAAGAAUGUGCAACGCAAACCUACUGAACAACCAAGCUAUUAGCCGAGAAUAUAAAGCCUCGCCACCUUUGGAAGAUAUUCACAAAAAUAUGAACGAAAUUAAAAACGAAGUUAAAUCUGAUGCUUUUUACAAUUUAAGCCUUAACAGCACAGCCUCGAAUCCACCAAUCAUCGAUCAGUAUAUGAUAGACAAUAUAAUUCCAGAGCAAUAUCCAGCUCAUUUAGACCUAUCAACGGUCGUUUUACCAGAAGUGUCUGACCAACAGAACGAUGUGAUAGAAAUAGAUGACAAUUCCGACGAUAAUAAACUAUUACCACGAUUCGAUAUGAACUUCUCCCUGGAGUCUCUCUACUUAAUGCAUAAUGAUUUUCACUUUGAAAAUGAAGUACCCACAAAUAGUAUGCCUUCUGACGUACCUGUUAAUGAAAUAAAUAGGAUGGUCGCAGAGAUGCCCUUAGGCAAUACGAAAGAAAACUUAGACGUCGUUUCAGUUGAAACUGAUAAUGAUGCUCAAAAUUACAUACAAGGGAAGAAAGACCCCAUGAUGAACACCUCUGUCCGACCGUCGACUAAUAAAAUAAACGUUAAAAAUAUUGAAUUAAUGAAAAAUUGAAUCUGUUAUUUAUUUAUAAGAUAUGUAUAUAUAUGUAUACUCUAGUAAUUCAUAUACAAGAUUGUUUAUUAUUUGUUACAA